UGAGCUGAGAUGGACUCGACGACGGUUUCACAGACGAUUCCAGACCCAUCGACGCCCCCCUGCAGCCCGGAGGAAGUGGCUGCUAAUAUCAGAGACUGUGGGGAGGGCGAAGUGGAGAAGUGGCUCGAGGACGAGGCCCUCGGUGGAUUCAGGGUCUGGCAGCUUGCUGCUGUCGUUAUCUCCAUUUUUCUCACUCUUGUCAUCGGCCUCUGCUGCUGCAUCAGGUUCAGAGUACCUCGGACUAAGCAGAAUAUCGAGGCUGACUACGUCAGAAAGAAGUUGACGAAGAACUUUAGGAGGGAAUUGUCCAAGAUUAGUAAUGGAGAGAUGGACGAAAUGGAUUUACGAAAAGCCCUGGAGAAGGUGCAAUCAUCCCUAGACGUCCAGGAAGACGACCAAGAGCCAGUGACAAUCGACAAGAGUCCGAAGCACCUGACCUGCGCCCUGAGCUUGAUGUUCCACAGGAUGAGAACUCGUCUAUCAAAAACCCCAGAGCCCCACACCGUCAUCUAGCAUAACAUCCACACUCCAUCAUUCUUACUAUCUCAAUUUCUCGUUUUAUUGCUGUAAAUAUGAUACAUAAAUUCGUUGAUUCAGCAUGCAACAGUUAA